CCUGGCUGACCUUGCUGUAUAUAAAGCAGGCAGCAUCAGCUACUAAGUCAUUCUAGGAAAAAGAGACCUCUGGACACCAGCAACCUCAGCUCAUCUAUCUACCUUGAGGACUCUGGAUUUCGCAAAUUCCUUCACUAUGAGUGUGUUUUUCACUGUUGCUCUCCUGGCUAUGGCAUUGCCUUCAAUGGCAUUUGACAUGAGUCAGUCCACUCGUUGCGUCACCAUCCCAAAUCAGAUGAAAGUGUGCAAAGAUGUUGGAUACUCUGAGAUGCGUCUGCCUAACUUCUUGGGUCACACCAACCUGGAAGCUGAGGUGGUGCCACGUUCAGAGGACUGGAGGCCCCUGCUGCAGACAGGAUGCCACCCUCAAGCCCAGGUCUUCCUCUGCUCCCUCAUUGCUCCCGUCUGUCUUGAUACCUUUAUCCGGCCAUGCCGUAGUCUGUGUGUGGCAGUGAGGGACAGCUGUGCCCCGGUGCUCGCCUGCCAGGGUCAGCCAUGGCCUGAGGCACUCGAUUGUGACCGCUUUCCUGCCCAGGAAGACAUGUGCCUUUCUCCCUACUCUAAAUCUAGCCACAGUGCCAAAGACUUACCAAAACCCGCCUGCCAAAACUGUCCGUCUGUGGAAGAGUCUCCUGCAAUGAAAACAGUCCUGGAUGCUUUUUGCCUGCAUGACUUCGCUGUGACUGCCAAAAUCCAUCGUCGUCGCCUCCCUUUGGGAAAGCCAGAAUUUGAGGUUGAAGGCCGUGUUGAGUUUAUCCGCCAGGGACCUCUCCUGCCUUAUGACACCCAGCACCUACUGCAGCAGUGGCUCCUCAUCAACCUGCAAUGUGCCAAUAUCUUAGUGCGUCCUGGAAGGUCACAGCUUUACGUGCUGACUGGUUUUGUGCAGAAUGAUGGCACCCUCGCUCUCACCCGGCUUUUCCCUUGGCACAAAAAAGACAUAAACAUGGCAGUGGCCACUCGCAAGUGGAAGCAUCACAGAUGUUUAAUGGAUUGAUAGUUACAUGUACAAACUGGAGCUCUGAAUCUGUUUAAAGUGUAGACUUGCUUAAGAAAAAACAAUGUCACACUCAAAACAUAUCAUUCAAGACAAAAUCAAGGAGGAACUUUGAGAAGAAGAGUUUCUGGGCAUUGGGUGUUAGUGAGAAUUUUUUAAGUCAACUGAAUUAAUAUAAGAAAAGAGCUGAAUACCAACACCCUUUGUCUCCCUCAGCAGCUCACUCUCUCAUCCCUGCUCUGACAGCACACAGUAAUUGAAUGCACUCAAACCUGUACAUAGUAUUAAUUAAUGUAAAUUGAUGUAUAUUAUAUUUUCUAUAAUGAUAUUGGUGUAUUUAUGACAUCUUUUUAUGUGUAUGCUAUGUGGAAAAAGAUGAACAUAAAACGUUUUUUUCUGCAAAACUA